AUGCCUGCUACACUUAGAAGAAAGAAACAUGCUUCGACACUGAAAAGACAGAAGCCCAAGCACAGAAAGACUCAGUCUGUGAAAAAGAAAAGCAGCUUCCAGCAAAGGAAGCAGGCAAGGCCAAAACCAGUGGCAAUGACGCAUGGAAAAAACAGCAGUAGGAACCAGAACUCUCCCGCCCUGAAUGAUGCUAAGAUCCUGAGACAACUGCAAAGGUCCAAUGAAUAUAUGACAAACACGGCCAGAGGGAUCAUGAUUUCCUUUGUGAAGAACCUCUACAGACGGGUGUCCACUGAAGCAGAGCGCCUCAGGAAAAAGAGGAACCGCCCCAGCAUAGGCUCUGCAGAGAUGCGGACUGCCUUAAAGAGUGUGAUUCCCAUUAAACGUAAAAGGAGCAAUGAACACACUCACAAAAAUGCCGGUGCUCGCUCCAUCACGACUCCGUAA